AUGACCGACUCUACGGCCCAAGCAACUCCCGGCUCCUCUAUUUGGAAUAUUCCAGGUCUCGAUAAGGACACAUUCUACGCUGCUGCUCUUUAUCUUCAUGCAUCCAAAGGGCAACUCGAAGGAAAACCAUUGGCACGCGCCCCAAAGACUCCCCAGGCCACACGGGAUUUCCUUGAUCGCCUCGCGGAUUGUUUCGCCCGUUCUAAGCUUCAAGAUGCCCGUGACCACGUCUCUGCUACUGCGAUGGUGAGAAAUGAUGAGCAAAAGGAGAUUACGCUCUAUAUCGCCAAAAAUCAAAGCAACAAGGAAUGCAAACCUUCAAUUUCUCAUGAAGAACAAAGCGCAAUUGUCAACGAGAACGAACAGUUUGCGGGAACUUUGAUGACAUGGUUCAGCGAGUUGGCUAGCGAGGAUACUGCUGAAGCCGACAAUGAUGUUACUGAUCGGUAUUUGGAUGUCUUCGAGGCCAUGUGCAUGUUCAGUCAGUCCCGUCUCGAGCAUUAUAUCGAAAAGAUAGGCGCGUGCGAUAUCGAAGAUCUGGAGCCUGUAGUACUCCUCAACGUGGGAGCUAAGUUCACGGACGGCUGGAAUGCAACCAAGCCUCUCAUCGAUGAAUGCAGUCGUUAUCAGGAAGCCAAAACUAACCUAACGAACUUUGUCGAGCAGAUGCCUUGCCUUUUAAGGACUUAUACACUUUUGGCUGGCCAAGUUCGUAAGAAUCCCGACUUUCAGGAGCUUGCGGAUAAAAUUGAGAUUUUGGGUUCGGAUAUGGCUACGAAACUGAGAGGCGUUGCACAGACAGUAAAGUGGGUCAACUACCUUGGUCGACUUUGGGCUGCGUAUGUCAACUUCCUUGUGUUCUGCAGACACGAGGAGCAGAGCGGAUAUACCUUCAAGCAUGAAUUGCUUCCUUCACAAGAAGACAAAUGGAGCGGUGACGCGUACCUGCAAAAGAUUCGCUCAUGGGUCGGGAAUCUGGACUUGCAGCGGGAUACGCGCAAAUUCGUGAACGGCAGAACGGUCAUCGCCCGCGACAGCGUGGAGACAGUCAUGGGCGAUGUUAUUAAGAGGAGCGGGAACAGGGCUCGCGUACAUUGCGAAAUGCUGCUUAUGAUGCAUUUCUCGCAACCAGGCGUCGAGAAGUGCCUGGACUACUUUGGCUGCAGCAAGAAGUCUUGCUGGCUCUGUUGGCAGAUGAUCCUGCAAAACAAGCAGCGUAGCAUGAAAGACACUCAUCGCAAGCUCUUUCCACUAUGGGCAUUUCCUUUCGAUUUCUCUACAGCACAGUCCGCUGUCGCGGAAGGACUCCGGGCUGCACAUAACGAAAUGCUGUCGCUCAUCCAGGACAUGGUAAUCAAGCAAAUCCCUCUCAGCGACCUUGAACCAUAUCCGCAGACUUCGGCUCGAAUUACUCCGACUCACCGACGCGCUUCGAUCGGCGACACCAGCGGCAUAGAUGCUGAAUCAGGCUUAUUCUCAGGCAACCCACUCAUAGGACCAGACUCAGCCAGAAUGCCAAUCAUUGUUGUACCCGCUCUCCAUCUCCCCGCACAUGAUUCUUCCGGAGACGUACGCCGAGUAAAAAUAUGGGGUUAUAACAGGGAUGAAUCGAGUUUCGACGAAAGGCUUUUCAUUAGCGAUCCAAUACUGAAAGGCAAAGUAAUCUCACUUGCCUUUCAGCUUCUCGCACUUCAUGACUACGACAAGCUAUUGGGCUUCAAAGAGGCUCGGAAACGACAUUCUUGGGACACCGUGCGAUUUCCAAACUUCAAGACGCGUGCGCACACUUACACACUUUAUUAUCGCUCUGCGAAUACGUUAGCACCAAAUCCUUGCCUGCUCUCGAUCUGGAGAACCAUAGAGGACGAAGACUUCGCCUUUUUCCCUUACAGAGGAGACGCAUUCAUCAUAAAGCAGAAGUAUCAAGACCCCUCUCGCGGCGAGCUUGAAGGAGGACUUCGGCCCGAGCUUAUGGGAGAAUCUUCGCACAUCGAUGAUUUGGAAUGUUUGCAGGAUUUGAAAUCGCAUUGGGAAGUCUUGUCACGCCUGCCGCAGCGUGGGCAUUAA